AUGCAUAAUGAUGUCGUGUUCUGUAGACAAAAAGCGUGUCUCAAUUUUGAGAGAAAUGAUUUUCAAAGCUCACAAGGAAUCCUCAACGCGAAGGCAAUUUCUCUGCGUGAACAAGGGAAGGGAAAAAGACCUAACAAAUCUCAGCCUUUGGCACCAGAAGAAGAGUCAGCUUUAUGGAAAAAAGGUCAGUUGGGUGACUUCAAUGCCAAAGUCCUGACAAACGUCAACUUUAAGAAUUUGACAGAGCAACUUGGUUUACGAGGCCGCCAGGAGCACUACGACUCUUACGUCGAGGACAUGAUUAUAAGACAACAAGAAGAUGGCAGUGAAGUCGUAGAAUUUCGUGAAGGUCCCACUAAAACACGAAGUGGUGGUCUAAGAAUUAGACGAAGAACCACACCGCAGGUUAUGUACAGCACUGACGGCGGAGAAAAAGAUCCUGUACGACUCUUCAAGCUGUGGUUGUCUAAGCGACCSGAAGGGAUGAAGGACAAAGGACCACUCUAUCUUAGCAUAMUAAAUCGUCCUAAAUCAGCAGAUGUGUGGUACAAUAAAAUCCGAAUGGGACAAAACACCAUCGGCACUAUCAUGAAGUCCAUGGCCUCCUGCCUGACGACAAAUAAAAGGUUGACAAACCACAGUAUGAGGAAGACUCUGGUGUCGAAAUUGAAGAAAUCUGGUCAACCGCGUAAUGUUAUCUGCGAAAUAACAGGCCAUGCUCGCGAAUCUUCGCUGGAUGACUACGAUGAAAUAGACGAGAAUCAAAGGAAAGACCUGUYUCACAUCAUCAGUGGAUAUAAAGAAGUCCCCAACSAAAAGAGUGAAGGAGAAAUCUCCAAUCAAGAGGUCAAUCAAGAGGUGAAUUCAUCGAAUUCAGCGAUUGUGCAACGAACACCACUGGCGUCUAUCAACAACUCUUCAAGUUCUCUGUGUCACGUCCAACAAAGCCAAAUGCAUCAGGGCCUCAAUCCUGGUUCACAGCCUGGUUUCCCAUCAUUUCAUCCAACUUUUGGUCCUCAAUAUCACAUGGCAGCGUUUAGCUCUUAUGCCAGUGGCAGCUCUUCCAUUCCAACGCAAAAUUACACGGGUUGCACCUUCAAUUUCUUUACAAAAGAUGCCCAGUCUAGUCCUCAACCACAGAAGAAACGAAGGGCUUACAUUAUUGAGUCGAUGAGGAUUAAACUAUGUAGUUGACUGAUUCUCAAAGACUUUUACGGGGAUUUAGAUUUGUAGUUGAUCAAUUUUCCAAGUAGUUUUACUGACAGAACUCCCGUGAAUACCGAUAAA